CCAGAGAGCUGUACCCAGAGUUUAGACAGAGGACCUGAUAUAAAAGAACAGAAAGUCUCACCAGGAGAUGAUUAAGGGGCCACCAGGAACUUCCUCUUACAACUUGCUUCCAGCUAUGGACUCUUCAAUCCAGUGACACUGAGCUCUUGGCUGUCUAAGUAACGAUGUUUGCAUGGCUCAACCUACCAACCUCCCAGACUCUCCAGGGAGGGAUCUGCUGGGGCCAGUAGAGUUUGCCCCCUGCCCCGAUCCCAGAAGCCUUCCCAUCACCCAUCUUGGCCCUGAAGCUCCAGUAUUGGAGGUCUAGCUGUCCUCAGAGAUCCACCCCACCAUGGAGAGAUGCUCGAACUCUACCAAUACCUCCCAUGAACACUUGGAUUAUGAUGCCUUGCGGGACUACAUGGUCCUGGAUUUUCCCCAGAAGACGGCCAUCGCCGUGUUGUGCUCCCUCCUGGGCAUGUUGUGUGUGUUGGAGAACGCCAUUGUGCUCUUCCUGAUCCUGUCCUCCCCGAGGCUCCGCAGAAAAUCCUCUUACCUGUUCAUUAGCAGCCUCGCAGGGGCUGACUUCCUGGCCAGCUUGGUCUUCGUCAUCAGCUUUGUAAAAUUCCACGUCUUCCACCAGGAAGAAUCUAAGCAGGCCUUCCUCCUGAAGCUUGGGGGCGUCACCAUGACCUUCACGGGCUCUGUGGGCAGCCUACUGCUGACCGCCAUUGACCGCUACCUCUGCUUAAGCCACCCUGCCAAAUACAAGGCCCUGGCCACCCGGGGAAGGGCGCUGGUGAUGCUUGCAGCCAUGUGGACCAUGUCAAUGGUGGUCUCCUACCUGCCACUCAUGGGCUGGACCUGUUGCCCUGGGCUCUGCUCUGAACUCUUUCCUCUAAUUCCCAAUAACUACCUGCUGAGCUGGAUCCUGCUCAUCGCCAUUCUGCUGGUGGCCAUCAUCUACACUUAUACUUAUGUCCUGUGGAAGGCCUACCAGCACUCGGCCAGCUUGGUAGUGUACCAGCAGAAGCGGUUAAUGGGUCUGUCCCGGAUGCGGCUGGAUGUGAGGCUGGCCAAGACCCUGGGAGUGGUGCUGAUGGUGCUCCUUCUGUGUUGGCUGCCCGUGCUGACCCUCAUGGUCUAUAGUCUGGCUGCCUCUUUGGAUGAACACAUUAAGAAGGUCUUUGCCUUCUGCUCCAUGCUGUGCCUGAUCAAUUCCAUGGUGAACCCUGUCAUCUACGCCCUGCGAAGUAGGGAGAUCCGCUGCUCUGCCCGCAGCUGUCUGACCCGCUGGAAAAAUAUGCUCAGAGGCCUGGGAGCAGAGGGCUCGGAGGAUGUUCAGAAGUCCUCAGUCACAGAGACAGAGGGGGAGACCAAAGUAACCUGAUGUAACAUGUAAAAGUAACAUGGCCUCCCUGUUGUCUAUUUAGGUUUCUGAUAUCAAAAGUAACAAGCAUUCCUACCUUCUCAAAAGCACUUAUAAUUAGCACUAAUUUUUUUUCUUUCAGUAUAAAUAUAACAGAGGCAAUGUGUUGAGAGACAGAGAGAGAGAGGGAGGGAGAGGGAAAGGAAGAGGAAGACUUGGGCUCAAAUCUUGCCUUUGACAUAUACUGGCUGUAUGACCUUGAGCUAAUCACUUACCAGAGCUCUAGGCUACUCUCUCAGUUUCAGAGAAGGUGUUGACCUGCACUGGUAGAGGGCAUUUGCUCACCUGGAUUUCCAAUGAAAUCACAGGUCCAGUGACUAUCCCAAUCGCCAACAGUAAAAAUACAUUUUUCCCAUCCAUAUUGUGGGUGUUAGGGGUGCCCUCCCCUUCCCAAAAUCUAGAAAAUCUGCGUAAAGUUUUUUGGCCCUCCCUUUGUACCAGAGGAGAAGUCUGAAUUAUGAUAUUAAAAGAUAAAAU